AUGAGGAACCAUACGGAGCUGACUCAGUUCAUCCUUCUGGGAAUCCCGAAGACCCAGGGAGUGGAGUCGGUGCUCUUUCCCAUCUUCUUGGUCAUUUACCUCUUCACCCUGAUUGGAAAUUUACUCAUCUUGACAGCAAUUGUUUCCUACUCUGUCCUCCAUACCCCCAUGUACUUCUUCUUGGGGCUCCUGGCCAUUUUGGACAUAGUUUUACCAGCUGUAACCUGCCCCAAGAUGCUGUUCUAUCUCUCUGGCCAGAGUCGAGCCAUCUCUUACCCGGGCUGUGCCACUCAGCUCUUCUUCUAUCACUUCCUGGGGACCAUUGAAGGCUGCCUCUAUUCUGUGAUGUCCUGUGAUCGCUUUGUGGCCAUCUGUUAUCCCCUUAGGUAUUCACUCAUCAUGAGACCCAGAGUCUGUGUGGGUUUGGUCACAGUAGCCUGGACAGUGGGCUGUUUUCAUGCCUCCAUCCUGACUGCUUUCACUUUUAGCCUGAACUACUGUGGCUCAAAUAAGGUGGAUUUCUUCUUCUGUGACAUCCCUGCUAUUUUGCCUCUUGCCUGUGAUGACACCUCACUGGCCCAGACAGUGGGUUCCGCAGCUGUAAGCUUUCUGGUUUUAUUAUUUUGGAGCACCAUUUUCCUUUACUACACACGCAUCGCGAUUGCCAUUUUGCGGAUGCGCUCAGCAGAGGGCAGGAAGAAAGCCUUCUCCACCUGCAGCGCCCACCUAGCUGCUGUCCUCUGUUACUUCGCUCCUGUGGCCAUCAUCUAUCUGCAGCCCACACCCAACCACUUGGUGGAUGCCAUCGUGCAAAUAAUUACUAGUAUCGUCUCUCCCAUGUUGAACUCAUUGAUCUUUUCCUUAAGAAACAAAGACGUAAAAACAUCCUUGAAAAAAGUGUUUCGCAAAGUAAUGCAUACUUCUCAAGAAUAA